AUGCAAGCGAUCAGCCUAAAGCUGAACGAGAUGCAGAGGAACAGACUGGACGCCCUGAGGAAACAAGGCGACCUGUUCAGCUCCACCGAGACCAGCACCACACACCUCAGGGGCCAGGUGGAGACCAGGUUAGCAGAACUGCGUGACGUGGUGUUGGAGCUCCGGAAUAAACAAGACCAAGAGGCGAACGACCGGAGGGCACUGGAGCAGCAGCUGCAGCAGAAAGUGAACCAGCUGCAGCAAAACCUGGGCGAGCAGAAUCGCAAGCGGGAGGAGGCGAUGCACGCCAUGGACAUGAUCCACCGCGAGAAGGAGCACUCGGCGGAGAACGAGAAGCUGAGACUUCAGGGCAAGCUCACGGAGACGGUGGAGGAGGUCAACAAACGGCUGCUCACCAAGGAGAUCAAGCUACGCGAGGAGCUGCAGGAGAAGUUCAACCACCUGGAAAAGUCUGAGCGACAAAAGAGCAAAGAGGCGGUUCAGAAACUGGACGAGUCGAUCGGGCUGAUAGAGAAACAGCUGGCGGAGAACAAGAGGCAGUCAGACAAAGUGGUGGCCGCCGAGAUAAAAUCCAGCUCCGCGGAGAGAUGAAGUCGAUGCUGGCGUCAUCAGAACAGGCCGGCACGCGCACAAUGACGGACAUGGACGCGCGCAUGCAGAGCCUCAAGCAGAAGGUGAACAACCUGGAGCAGCAGCUGGACGGACGGAUCUCUGAGCGUUUAAGUGGCAUUGAGGAUCUCCAGAUCCAGGUGAACAGGUUGAAGAGCCAGGUGGGCAUGCACUCAGGCAUGCACUCCACCAUGCCCCUGUACGCGCGUCCGGACACCGACCCCAACUUCAUGGACGACUUCAUGGCUCAUGACAUCACACAGGACAUCCCUUACGGCAGGAGCUCCUUCCGGCUCCCAGACACGCGCGCUGACCUGGACUCGGCCGAACCCGUGCACGACGGUUACGCCGCCAAGUACUCGAAGAAGUCAGCCGGCCCAGCAGGCGGCGACGGGUCUGUUGGGGGGUACGGUAAAGGAACGGGCCGGCCGUUAGACACCGUCUCCGAGGGAGGGGACAGUCAGGCGGGUCAAGCGGAUUGGAAUCUUCUCAGCUCUCUGGCCUACGGUUCUUACGACGAGAAAGGACAAGGACAGAAGGGAGGAGGAGGAGGAGUGGGAGACAAGGACAACGACGACGAAGGAGGCUGGGGAGGAGGAGGAGGAGGGGUAGGAGCGGUGGGAGACAAGAAGGAGGGCGACUUCCCAAACCCACGGAAGAAGGAUGAUGAUGGUGAUGGUGGUGGUGAUUAUGCUAAAGAAGGCGAGAGAGGAGGAGAGUCCAGACUGAGACGGACGCCGCCGAACCCGAGGGACGGAGGGUUGAGCCCGGCUGUGGAGAGGACGCCUAGCGGCGCCCGGACCUUCAGCCCCCACGACAGAGCCACGGAGGCGUCGUUCAAGGGCGCCCGCCCGCCGCAGCCCGACAGCGAGAUGUCAGCCGAGCUCGACAGCGUGAGAGAAAACGAGCGGAGACCAGAGUCUAUGACAGAAGCGCCGAGUCAAGUGUCCGGAAAGAAUACCCCGAUGAACAACUCCGGGGUUCCCAAUUCCCGCAAGAACAGUCUCGCGAAGAACGCCGCCGACCAAACCUCGAGAAAUAACAGCCCCACAAAGAGCGUGCAGCGAAUGUCUCGGAAGAACAGUCUCGCGGAGAACGGAGAUCACGCCUCUCAAAGAAACACCCCAGCAGCGGACAAGACGGGCCAAAACUCCAGAAAGAACAGCCCUGUAAAGAGCGUGAGUCGCAUGUCCCGAAAGAACAGUCAGGCGGAGAACGACGGCGGACAGAAUAUGUCCCGGAGAACCAGCCCGACGGAGAAGACAGACGAGAACAAAGGAGGAGAGAAGAGCCCCAUGAAGAACACGCUAGACUGGGAGCCCGCGUCACCGGGGCCCAACGCCAGAGAUACAGCUGGGGCAAAGGACAGCGCACGUGACCAGGAUAAGCCAAUGAGCAACAGGCUGGCUUGGGAGCCGGCCACGCCAACUCCCCGGAACGACGGUGUCGCUGACCCUUCCGAGGUCAAAGGUCACUGGGGUCAGGAGUCUGUGGACGAGACAGACAGCGAAGACCACACCUCGGGGAACAAUAACAGCCACAACAACAACAACGACAUGGCGUCGGCGGAGCAGGU